GUCAGUGAGAUAUAUAUAAAAGCACGUGGAUAUUGUGUCUCGAAAUUUAUUGCAUUUCGCGAUCGUCUAGUGUGCUUCGACGGAUUAAGUUUACUUAAAUCUACAACAAUAUAGAUAUAGCGGAGACCCAUCAACCACACGUACUGCAAAUUCGUCUAUAAGAAAUGACAAUAUAUUAUACGUCAUCGUCAGCACUUAAAAUGACCGAUCAACCGGUCUUAGUGAUUGAAAAACCGACAUGGUGGAAGAGAAGGACGAACAAGGAACGAUAUCUGACCGUCGCCACCGCGGGAAUGCUAUUGGCGUCCGCUUUUCUAGCUUUGACCAUGAUGUACUUGAACCACGGCUGCAAUAACACGGAGAGCCUUCCGUCAAUAUCAGCUAAAAAUAAUGGUAUCAAUCGCAAAACAAGAAGUCUGUACGAGAAUAAAGAAUACGAAAUAAAUAACACCAUUUGUGUCACCGCCGGCUGUGUAAAGGCUGCGGCUUCUGUAAUCAAAAAUAUGGAUCUAUCAGUAGAUCCUUGUGAUGAUUUCUAUCAGUUCGCCUGUGGUAAUUUUAAAAAACAUAUUGCUAUCGAUUCCGGAUUAACGUCACACUACACAAGGAACGACAACAAUAUGCGGAACAAGCUGCUAAUGGUCAUCACCGAACCCAUUUAUUGGAAUGAACAGAAACCGUUUAAAAUGGCAAAAUUACUGUAUAAGUUUUGCAUGGACACAGAAACCAUAGAAGAAGAUGAUUUGGAAUCGAUCAAAAAAAUAAUAAAAAACCUCGGCGGAUGGCCGGUGUUGGAAAGCUCAAAAUGGGACGAUACUAAGUUCACGUGGAUGGAAAGCGUGUACAAGUUCAGAAUGGUGGGCUAUAGUAUUGACUAUUUUAUAAGCUUCUACAUCAAUGAAGAUUUAAAAAACAAUACGAUGAGAAUUAUUGAACUGGACCAAGCGAUUCUGGGUCUCCAACAAAAAUACCUGGUGAUGGGCAUCUCGAACAAAUUCGUGAAUGCAUACUAUGAAUACAUGGUUGACAUUGCGGAGCUGUUUGACGCUUACAGGCCACAGGCAAUCACAGAGCUGAGAGAGUCAUUGGAUUUCGAGAUAGAAUUGGCCAAGAUAUCGCUGCCAUCGGAAAAGCGCAAGAACGCCACUGAGCUUUACCACCCGAUGAAUAUCUCCGAUUUACAACAAAGGUUCCCAAGCAUACCAUGGCAAGAGUACCUGAACAAUAUUUUGAACCCGAUGACUAUACGACAGGACGAGAUUAUAGUUGUAACCUCGCCGAAAUAUUUGUCGGACCUCGAAAUUCUACUAAGUAAAACACCCAAAAGGGUCCAAGCAAAUUACGUGUUUUGGAGAGCUAUCAUGGAUUCUGUCUCACUUCUAACUAAAAAAUUAAGAAAAAGACAGUUGGACUACGAGAAUACAAUAAACGAUGGCAACAGUAACACACAAUCCAGAUGGAGGGAAUGUUUGGAUAUAAUUUAUGAAUAUUUUCAAUUUCCUGUUAUGUCGUUGUACGUAAGACAGUUUUACGAUGAACAUUAUAAAAACAAUAUUUUAGAAAUGGUGAAGGGUAUCAGGGAGGAAAAGUACAAAAUAUUAUCGUCAAUUGAUUGGUUGGACGAUGAAACGAGAAAAAACGCGAUAGAUAAAGCAAAAUCGAUAACCAAUCACAUUGCAUAUCCUGAUGAAUUAUUGGACGAUAACAAGUUAAAUGCGUAUUAUGAAAAUCUUGAAUUCGACAACAAAGACUUUUUAACAUCAAUAUUAAAAGUUUGUAAAUUUGAAACCGAUUUAAUAAUGAACAAAUUAAGGCAACCUGUUAACAAAUCAGAAUGGAUAUCCCAUAGUGAUUUGGCAAAUGUAAAUGCGUUUCACUAUUUUGAAGAAAACAGUAUCGAGAUUCCCGUUGGUAUCUUGCAAGACGUAUUCUACUCCAGCGAUCGUCCUCAGUACAUGAAUUACGGUGCAAUUGGAACGAUAAUUGGGCACGAGAUCAACCAUGGUUUUGAUACCAAUGGCAGAAAGUACGAUAAGCAGGGUAACUUGGUGGAUUGGUGGACGAAGGAGGUGGAGAAUCGCUACUUGGAGAAAGCGAUGUGCAUCCAAAAUCAGUAUGGAAAUUACACGGCUCAAGAAGUCGGUCUCAAGUUGAAUGGCAGCAAUACGCAGGACGAGAAUAUCGCGGACAACAGUGGCUUCAAAGAAGCGUACAACGCGUACAACUCGUGGACCAAACAACACGGCGUUGAACCCCGGCUACCUGGUCUACAAAAGUACACGCCGAAGCAGAUGUUUUGGUUGAGUACUGCUAAUAUGCGGUGCAACAAGUACUCACGGGAAACACUAAAAUAUGAUGUCAUCAACGGCAGUCACUCACCCAACCGUUUUCGGAUCAUCGGCCCACUUUCCAACCUGGAAGAAUUCAGCAACGACUUCCAGUGUAAGCCAGGCUCCUACAUGAAUCCAGUCAAAAAGUGUCAGAUAUGGUGAAAUUGGUUGGCCACCCUCUGACCGUGCGGAUAUUAUAAUUAUUGUUUUUAAAGCGUUAUUUGAAUAGUACUUAUGAGCAUAAAUAAUCUGUUACAUAAUUAUAAUAUAACAUAAUGUGAAUUUGUAUUUUUUACACAUAAUGAAAAGAUUAAAUUAGUGAAAUUAACAAUAAAAACAAAAUAUUGACAUAA